GUAAGAUUACUAAAUCGUGUCAUGUUUAGUCAUUAGAAAAUAUAAUAUCAAUUUUGGUCACUCGAAUUACUGAAACAUGUCACAUUUAGUCACUCUCUCGUUAGCCUCCGUCCAACUCCACUCACUUAAAUUACUGAAAACAUGUCACAUUUAUUCACUCUCCCGUUAGACAUAUUCCAGUAAUUCGAGUGACAAAAAUUGAUAUUAAAAUUUUCUAGUACCUAAACAUGACACGAUUUAGUAAUCUCAGUGACUAAAUGUGGUAUUUUCAAAAAAAAAAUAGUACUAGGAAUAAAAGGAUCCCAAGUUUGCUGAGCAUGCAAACAAAAGUGUUAGGAUCCUUAUUCUGAACAAAAGUGCAAUCAACAAAAUUUUGCAAAGCAUUCAUCUUCCCAAUCGAAGGAUGUCCGAGACGCGCAUGCCAUAGCUCCAAAGUACCUACCGCACUCCGGACAAUAUUCGCCAUGGGUUGAUCGCCAUCAAACAGCCCGAGAAAAUAGAGUCCAUCGACGUGCUCGCGCAUAUCAAUCAGCCUCUUGGAUGUUAAGUCCUGAAGUCACGUAAGAAGAUCAAUGCAAUUGGUAAAUCUGAAGUAAGCCGACUGACAGACAGAAGAUUGCACUAGAAAUCAGGGACAUGUAUGUAGUACACGACGUAGAAUCAAAUCAUUUGAUAAUUUAGUCGAACCAAUACUGCGAACUUUAACACAUGUUCCAUUAGGAAUUUUCACCUGCAAGGUCGAACAAGAAUCCGACUCGACAUCCAACAUAGAACCGUGGUUAACAAUAUGCUCGUUGCAACCUGAAUCUAUAACCCACGUUGUUGACGCAACAGACUUAGAAGAAAACAUAUCUACCAUAUUUGAAGAAGGUUCCAUUGCUCCCAGUGCUGAUUGAUGAAAUUCGGAAGCAAGCAUUGCCUUUAAUUGAGCAAAUUGAGCCGCCGAUAUUCCUUGGCGCGAACUCUCAGCAACGUCGACCUAAGCAGCCUGGGGAGACGAAUGAGAAUCCCGAUCAGUACGUGGACGUAGAAGUGGCUCUUAUGUCUUGUUGUUUCCACGAGAGGUAUAUCCAACGAGCUUAUAGCAGGGUUCCUUUGAAUUUCUAGGGCGUUCGCAAUGAGAACAGUGCAGUCUAUCAUAUGGGUGUUGAUCAACAUGAGGGUCUCAAUCAGAUCGGGUGGAGGAUUGGUCAGGCCUAAGUCCGCCUCUCCCCCUGAACCUAGAAGGCCAAAGCUUGUGGACAAGGAUGACGACUGUGGGCGAUCCGUCACUGCUGGUUGUCAUUCAUCACCAGUUGACAAGCUUCUUCAAGACUGUGUACAGGCUUCAUAUCUAGGAUUUGGGAUUUCACAGUAGCAAAGACAUCAUCCAAACCCAUUAAAAAAUCAAACAGUCUCUCACUUACACGCACCUUCCGCUGCCGCAACACGCACAAGUAGAUUCCAGCGAGGGAGUAAGUGACUACAGAGGACUUCUCUUGCUGCAGGCUGAUUAUCGUGCAUUUGAGCUCAUAUAAUCGCGGUGCACUUCCUUACCCAAAGCAAGACUAGAGAUCAACCCAUAUCUUACGUGUAGUUGCCGCAAAUCAAACGUUGUUGCGCACCUCUUUAGUCAUAGAGGUCAUCAACGAUCCAUUGACCAUGGCAUUGCACUGCCGCAAAGCCUCUGUCUCUGCUGAUCCUUGUGGAGGCAGAAGAGUUCCAUCCACAAAGCACAUUUUGUUCUUCGCAAUUAGAGAAUAAGUGAUUUCGACGAUCCAUUCACUAUAAUUUACGUCGUUGAGCAGCUCCCCACAAAGUGAUUGUUUGGACUAUCAGAAUUGUGAAGGAUUAGGUGAGGCGACUACGUACACGAAGUCAUGGAACCUCCUGCACUGCUUGUGGAAGUAUACUUGAGCUUUAAGGUUUUUUCUGUCUUCUCAUUAGAAUUCAUGAUGAUGACAACAAGGUUUAUUUAACCAGGCUUUAAUACCAUGUAAAAACCGAUAAGCGGUUGCUUGGGGUUUUGUUGGGUGAGGUUAAGCCUCCUUCUACUGAUGUUGCGGCUACGGAACAGGUCGACUAGGCUGUUGCGAACGCUCAGCUUGUGACUUGGCUUGUUUCUUGUGUUGAUAUUCCUACUACUCUUGGACUUCGUCGUUUUGCUACGGUUGCCGAGAUGUGGCAGCAUAUUAUUCGUACUCAUUCGCAGAAUAGUGCCUCUCGCCAGUAUGAACUCGAGAUUGAGAUUGAGCGUCUCACUUAGGGGGUUCGUGAUAUCCGUGGUUAUUAUCAGGCUAGCCUCCAUCUAUGGACUGAAUAUGAUCUAGUGAAUGUCCCCUUAGUUUCUGGUACUGAAUCCGAUGCUAUUCUCUAAGAGCGUAGCCGUACUCGGGUUAUGCAGUUCUUGUCCAAACUUUGUCAUGAGUUCGAGCCUAUCUGGGCCUCUCUCAUUCAUUGGCAGGUUACUAUCCUGGAAGAGGUAAUCACCAAACUGGUCGGAGAGGAAACUCGACUUAAGAGUCAGUCUCAAAUUGAUGGCUCGGUCUCGACUGAGUCUGCAUUUGAUGUUGGACGUACUGGUUCAUCGCGUCCCCGAUUCUAUCAUCCCGCGACGGGCGAAGUCACCUGCCACUUUUGUCAAGAGGUUUGGCAUCUUCAAAUUCACUGCAAAAAAUGAAAAUUCGGCAAUUAUUGUAAGGAGUUAGGCCAUAUUGUAUUAGAGUGUCCUACGCAUAUUCGUCGUGGCAAGCUUCGUAGCUCUUCGACCUCUGGUCCUUCUCGCUCGGAGUCCGCAUAUGCGGUUAUGGAGAAUCUUCCCUUGGGUGGCGGCUCGACUACUGCUCUUCAACCUCAUCUUCUACGUCGUUUUCUCCAGAGCUAAUUCAUCGUCUUGUUCAGGAAGCUCUACAGGAUGCUCUUCCGGGUGCCUUGACUUUUGUGCUUCAGGUAAAUCUUUUCCUUGGCUUCUUGAUUCCGUGGCGUUUAAUCACAUAACGCCUGCUCAAUCAUCCUUUCUCCACCUUCUUCCGGCCUCUCACAAUCACCUUCAAGUCACUAAUGGCGCGACUUUGCCUGUACAUGAUCGUGACACGCGUCCAUCGACUGAGUCACUAUUCCCCAGCUUUAUAUGUUCCUCAAUUUUGUCCAAUUUGGUUUUGGUUGGUUAGCUAUCGGAGGAUGGGUGUGAGGUCAAGUUUAAUUCUGUCGGUUGUGUUGUGCAGGCCUAGAAGACGGGGAAGGUGCUCGGGAAAGGAAGUAAACGUGGCCGGGUAUUUGUGUUGGAUAAGCUUCAAGAGUGUUCGAGAAUCGGAGGUUGCAGCCCGUUGGUGGCAAUGGAUGCUCAUGUGGGUUCGGUUCAAGACUGUAGGGUGUUGGAUUUUUCGGAUAUGGUUAUUUCAGGUUGUAAGAAUUCUAGGUCUUCCUUUUUUUUGCAGUUUAUUCUGUUAAGCCGUUGGAUUUUUCGGCUACUGCUUCUACUUGGGAUUAAUGGCAUUGUCGUUUGGGACAUCCCCACUCGGCUCAUUGAAUGACUAUGUUUCGUCGCGAUUUAUUGCCAGAUGAACUUUCAUCUAUUUCUUCUUCUCACUCACCUUGUAUCAGCUGUAUCGAGGCCAAAGCACAUCAAAUAUCUUUUUCGUUCAAGAUACAGUAUAUGAGAAUCCCUUUGAUUUGGUACAUUCAGACUUGUGGGGUCCCUCACCAGUCCUGGCUUGAUUGGGAUACCGGUACUUCGAGUUAUUCAUAGAUCAUGCUACGAGGUUUACGUGGUUAUUUUUUCUCAAGCAGAAGUUUGAACUUGAAUCCUUGGCUCGAGAAUUUGUUUAGAUGGUGAAGAAUCAAUUUCAUACUACCGUUAAGAUUCUAUGAUCCAAUCUUGGAUGAGAGUUCACAUCCAAUAAGCAUUUUGCAUUCUACAAUGGUGGGAAGUUUGAUUUAUUUGACUCAUACUCGUCCCGAUAUUUGUUUUGGAGUUCAGGUGGUUAGUCAAGACAUGGGUGUAGCUCGCACAUUGCACUUAGACGCAGUUUAUCAAUUGUUGUGAUACUUGAGACAGACGCAACAUGUAGGUUUGUUUUUUCCUUGUAUAGGAGAGGCGGUGUAGAAGCCUUUGCUGAUGCAGAUUAUGCUGGCUGCAAAGAUACAAGAAGGUCUACCUCAGGCUGGUGUGUGAGGGUUGGCCAAUCUUGUGUGUAUUGGCGUUGCAAGAAACAGGAUCGUGUGUCAAAGUCGUCUAAAGAGGAAGAAUAUCGUUCUAUAUCAGAGGUGAGUUUAGAGAUGGUUUGGUUGUUGCGACUACUGCAGGAAUUAGGUGUUGCAUGCAGAGUUCCAAUGCGGAUAUAUGGCGAUAAUACGAGUGCAAUACAUAUUGCCAUUAAUC